AUGGCUGGUACUUUUCUAUUUACUUCAGAAUCUGUUGGUGAAGGUCAUCCUGAUAAGAUUUGUGAUCAAGUCAGUGAUGCAAUCUUAGAUGCUUGUUUGACCGAGGAUCCUCUUUCCAAGGUCGCUUGUGAAACCGCUGCCAAGACUGGUAUGAUCAUGGUUUUCGGUGAAAUUACUACCAGAGCUAGAUUGGAUUACCAAAAGAUCAUCAGAGACACCGUUAAGAACAUCGGAUACGAUUCUUCUGAGAAGGGUUUCGAUUACAAGACAUGUAACGUUCUAGUUGCCAUUGAACAACAAUCUCAAGAUAUCGCACAAGGUCUACACUACGAAAAGGCCAUCGAAGAUUUGGGUGCAGGUGACCAAGGUAUUAUGUUUGGUUAUGCUACUGAUGAAACUCCAGAAGGUCUACCAUUGACCAUUCUAUUGGCUCACAAAUUAAACAUUGCCAUGGCCGAUGCUAGAAGAGAUGGUUCUCUAGCCUGGAUUAGACCUGACACUAAGAGUCAAGUUACUGUGGAAUACGAGGAUGACAAGGGUAGAUGGAUCCCUAAGAGAAUUGACACUGUUGUCAUUUCUGCUCAACACGCUGAAGAAAUCUCUACUGAAGAUUUGAGAUCCCAAUUAGAGUCUGAAAUUGUUCGUAAGGUUAUUCCUGCUGAAUUAUUGGACUCCAAGACCAAGCUAUUCAUUCAACCAUCUGGUAGAUUCGUUAUUGGUGGUCCACAAGGUGACGCUGGUCUAACCGGUAGAAAGAUUAUCGUUGAUGCUUACGGUGGUGCCUCUGCUGUUGGUGGUGGUGCCUUCUCUGGUAAGGACUACUCCAAGGUGGACCGUUCUGCCGCUUACGCAGCAAGAUGGGUCGCCAAGUCCCUUUUGGCUGCUGGUCUUGUGAAGAGAGUCCAAGUUCAAUUUUCUUACGCUAUCGGUAUUGCUGAACCAUUGUCCCUACAUGUGGACACUUACGGUACAGCAACCAAGUCUGAUCAAGAGAUUAUUGAAAUCAUCAAGAAGAAUUUCGAUCUAAGACCAGGUGUUUUGGUUAGAGAAUUAGAUUUGGCAAGACCAAUCUACUUACCAACUGCUUCUUACGGUCAUUUCACUAACCAAGAAUAUCCAUGGGAAAAACCAAAGAAGUUGAACUUCUAA